UUUAUAUAUUACUUUAAUACAGAAUAAAAACCCACUACCCCAUCUCGCUCACUAAGAAAAAUCUUUUCCUCCCUCUCCUCGCGACGCCUUACCAUCGUUUCCUCGCCUCCGAGACAGAGCGGGAGCUCCCGGAACACUAGCUUUGGAUCGAGGGAGCCGUCGAGGAAUUUAGUGGUCGAUGUGCUUUGAAAUCGGUUGAGAUGAUGUUUAUUAGGGUGUUGGAGGGAUUGGAUCCCAUGUCUGGGGUUUGAAGAUUUGACGAUUUCGGUGAUGUGUGUUGUUUGUUUAAGUUGAGUCCGCCAUCGGCUUUGGGUACUCGGCCGAUGCGGAGACUAGGUUUCGUUGGUGGCGAUGGGGAAGUGUGUUGAUGAUUUGGUCUCUGUGGUGGUAACGGGCGAACUGCUUCUUGGUAGGGGGAAAGGAAACUCCGACGCUUGUUAUGGUUCUUGGUUUGUUCGAUGUUUGUGAGGGAGGAAGCAGAACAGCAGGUUUUAGCUUAGAAUGGCUGUGUCAAAUGAAAAGUGGAUUGACGGGCUCCAGUUCUCAUCCCUCUUCUGGCCACCACCCCAAGAUGAGACGCAAAGGCAGGUACAAGUUUUGGCCUAUGUUGAAUACUUCAGCCAAUUCACCUCAGAGGAAUUCCCAGAAGAUAUAGCUCAGCUAAUCCAAAGUCAUUAUCCCUCUAAAGAAAAGCGCCUUCUGGAUGAAGUUCUGGCUCUAUUUAUUCUACAUCAUCCGGAGCAUGGCCAUGCAAUUGUCCAUCCUAUUCUGUCACUAAUAAUUGAUGGGACAUUGGUGUAUAAUAGAAACAACCCGCCAUUUAGUUCUUUCAUAUCCUUAGUCAGCCAAAAUUCAGAGAAACAGUGUUCUGAGCAAUGGGCUUUGGCAUGUGGUGAAAUUUUACGCAUAUUGACCCACUACAAUCGGCCAAUUUUCAAGGCUGAGUGUCAUAAUACUGGAACUGAGAGGAGCAAUAGUUGUAACCAUGCAACGACAAGCAAGUCUGAGAAGCAAGAAGCUAACAAUCCAAUUCUACAGGAACAUGAUAGGAAACCACUACGACCAUUAUCUCCUUGGAUUACAGACAUAUUGCUUGCUUCACCAUUGGGCAUUAGAAGUGAUUAUUUUAGAUGGUGUGGUGGGGUCAUGGGCAAAUAUGCAGCUGGCGGAGAACUAAAACCUCCAACAACUGCUUGUAGUCAUGGAUCUGGAAAACAUCCUCUACUUAUGCCAUCAACUCCUCGAUGGGCUGUUGCCAAUGGAGCCGGAGUUAUAUUGAGUGUUUGUGAUGAGGAAGUAGCUCAUUAUGAAACUGCAAAUUUGACAGCAGCAGCUGUGCCUGCACUUUUACUCCCUCCUCCUACGACCCCCUUGGAUGAGCAUCUUGUUGCUGGACUGCCUCCUCUUGAACCUUAUGCUCGUUUGUUUCAUAGGUACUAUGCAAUUGCUACACCAAGUGCAACACAGCGGCUACUUCUUGGACUUCUUGAAGCACCUCCAUCAUGGGCUCCAGAUGCGCUUGAUGCUGCUGUACAGUUAGUCGAACUCCUUAGAGCAGCCGAGGAUUAUGCAUCUGGCAUGAGGCUUCCAAGAAAUUGGAUGCAUUUGCAUUUCCUGCGUGCUAUUGGCAUUGCGAUGUCCAUGAGAGCUGGUGUUGCUGCAGAUGCUGCAGCUGCUUUACUCUUCCGCAUACUCUCACAACCUACACUGCUUUUUCCGCCUUUAAGGCAUGCUGAAGGAGUUGAAGUCCAUCAUGAACCCCUGGGUGGUUUUAUAUCAUCAUAUAAGAAACAGCUUGAAGUUCCUGCAUCAGAAGCUUCUAUUGAAGCAACAGCUCAGGGGAUUGCGUCAAUGUUGUGUGCCCAUGGUCCUGAUGUUGAAUGGAGAAUGUGUACCAUAUGGGAAGCUGCAUAUGGUUUGCUUUCUCUGAGUUCCUCCGCUGUUGACUUGCCUGAAAUAGUAGUUGCAGCUCCAUUGCAACCUCCUCCAUUAUCUUGGAAUUUGUAUCUACCGCUAUUAAAAGUCUUGGAGUAUCUCCCACGAGGAAGCCCAUCUGAAGCAUGCCUCAUAAGGUUAUUUGUCGCUACUGUUGAAGCUAUACUCAGAAGAACCUUUCCUUCAGAAAGCUCUACUAAGCAAAAACGUAAAUCAAGACUUCAUGGAAGCAUGUGGUCUGCAACUAAGAACUUUGCUAUUGCAGAGCUUCAUACAAUGAUUCAUUCUCUAUUUCUGGAAUCUUGUGCAACAAUGGACCUUGCAUCCCGUUUAUUAUUUGUUGUGCUAACUGUUUGUGUUAGUCAUGAAGCUUUACCAAAUGGGAGUAAAAGGUCAACAGACUAUGGUAGUUAUUCUGCAGAUGAAUUCACUGAGGAGCCACAAGUUGUCAAUGGAAGAGCUGCUAAUAUAAACAAAAUUCGGAAGAAACAAGGACCUGUCUCAACAUUUGAUUCCUAUGUUCUGGCAGCUGUAUGUGCAUUGGCUUGUGAGCUUCAGUUGUUUCCUAUAAUUUCAAAAAAUGGUAUACAUUCAGAUUCCAAGAAAUCUGCAAAAAGCAUCAAGGCUGCAAAAACUAAUGGAAUUGCUUAUGAGUUACAUAGUACUAUAAGGUCUGCUGUCUGUCACACUCGUAGAAUUCUUGGAAUUUUGGAAGCCCUAUUCUCACUGAAGCCAUCUUCUAUUGGUACGUCAUGGAGCUACGGUUCGAAUGAGAUAGUAGCUGCUGCUAUGGUUGCUGCACAUGUUUCUGAGUUAUUUGGAAGAUCAAAGGCUUGCAUGAAUGCUCUCUCCAUUAUGAUGCGCUGCAAGUGGGAUGUAGAGAUUUCCACUAGGGCAUCUUCACUUUAUAAUCUUAUUGACAAACAUGGCAAAAUUGUUGCCUCAAUAGUUCAUAAGGCCGAACCUCUCGAAGCACAACUAGUACAUGCACAAGUGCGGAAGGAUGAUCCAACAUGUUCAAGUGGUAGAGUAUCAGUUUCUACGGGCAGCAGCGCCUUUUUACCAGAGGAUAUCCCAUGCUCAGAUUCUAACUGUAGUUCAUCAGGAACAUUUGUAAAGGCUGGCAAAGGAAUUUUAUCCACUGACACUAGUAUAGAGACAUCAGGGAAAAGUUUUUCAAGUUUGCCGGUUGAUGCUUCAGAUUUGGCAAAUUUUUUAAUGACAGACUGGUAUGUCGGUUACAAUUGUGGCGCACAAACUCUACUGAGAUCUGUUCUUGCAGAGAAACAGGAAUUAUGUUUCUCUGUUGUUUCAUUGUUGUGGCAUAAACUAAUUGCAGCCCCGGAAACAAAAAUGAGUGCAGAAAGCACAUCUGCUCAUCAGGGUUGGAGACAGGUUGUAGAUGCAAUUUGCAAUGUCGUUCCAGCAUCACCAACAAAAGCUUCAACAGCUAUCGUUCUACAGGUCCAGAAAUUAUUUAGUUUUAAACUAUUUCAGUACAUAAGUUACUUAUGUUUUAAAUUAUUUCAGCUAUUGUUCAAAUGCUCCCGUUUUUUCAGUCACUUUUGGAGAAAUGUGUUCUUUGGGCAGGCAGAAAAGGAUUUGCAGCCAUGGAUUGCAAGGGAUGAUGAGCAAGGGCAGAGAAUGUGGAAAAUCAACCAUCGAAUAGUUAAAUUGAUUGUGGAACUUAUGAGAAACCAUGAAUGCCCAGAAGCACUGAUAAUCCUGGCAAGUGCCUCAGAUCUUUUACUCCGUGCCACAGAUGGAUUGCUUGUCGAUGGAGAAGUAUGCACUCUGCCACAAUUGGAGCUUCUAGAAGUGACAGCUAAAGCAGUUCAACUUGUGAUACACUGGGGAGAAACAGGUCUUGCAGUUGCAGAUGGCCUCGCAAAUCUGCUUAAGUGCCGUUUAUCAUCAACCGUCCGUUGCCUUUCUCAUCCAAGUGCACAUGUUCGUGCUCUCAGUGCAUCAGUUCUUCGGGACAUAUUGCAUAGCAGCCCAACAACCAUAUCCGGCGGUUGUUUGAACGUGGAUGGGCAGCGCAAUUGCAAUUCAUCUUACCACUGGCAGGCAGACAUGGAGAACUGCAUACAAUGGGAAGCUCAGAGCAGACUUGCGACUGGUCUAACGCUUGCUUACCUUUGUGCCGCUGCAAAGGAAUUAGGCUGCCCCAUCGAUUGUUGAGGAGCUGCAGCAAAGUCCCUGAUGCGACAGCCAAGCUCUGAAACCAUCAUAUGUUUAAUAUUACGUGGUUAAACUUGCCAAUGCAUCGUACUUAUUAUGCAUGUUUAUGGUUUGGAAAACGGUUAACAAAUGUCGUGUUUUCUUCCGCUA